CCCUCCCCCGCCGCCGGAGAGCGAGCGCCGCACCGCCCGGGCCGCCGCCGCUGUCGAGCGCGCGAGACGCCGAACAGGUGGCCGGAGCCGCGGGCGCCGCGGAGGGAGAGGCGAGGCGAGGCGAGGCGAGCACCGGGAGGUGAGGGGGCAGGGCCGGGCAUGCGAGCCGAGCGGCUCCCUGGCGUCGCCUGCCCGCGCCCCUAGCCGCCCGCCGGUCAGCGGCGUCGCCGCGCCAGCCUCUAGAACCCGGCCCGGGCCGCUCGGCUGCCGUCAGCGAGGGGCGCGGGCCGGCCCCGGCGGCGGUGGCGGCAUGAAAGUGACCGUGUGUUUCGGCAGGACCCGGGUGGUCGUGCCGUGUGGAGACGGCCACAUGAAAGUUUUCAGCCUCAUCCAGCAAGCAGUGACCCGCUACCGGAAGGCCAUCGCCAAGGAUCCAAGCUACUGGAUACAGGUGCAUCGACUGGAACAUGGAGAUGGAGGAAUAUUGGAUCUUGAUGACAUCCUCUGUGAUGUAGCAGAUGAUAAAGACAGACUGGUAGCAGUGUUUGAUGAGCAAGACCCACAUCAUGGAGGUGAUGGCACCAGUGCCAGCUCCACUGGCACCCAGAGUCCAGAGAUAUUUGGCAGUGAGCUUGGCACCAACAAUGUUUCCGCCUUUCAGCCUUAUCAAACAACAAGUGAAAUUGAGGUCACCCCUUCAGUCCUUCGUGCAAAUAUGCCUCUUCAUGUCCGACGAAGCAGUGACCCAGCUUUAAUUGGCCUCUCAACUUCUGUCAGUGACAGUAAUUUUUCCUCUGAAGAGCCUUCACGAAAAAACCCCACACGCUGGUCAACAACAGCUGGCUUCCUCAAGCAAAACACUGCUGCUAGCCCAAAGCCCUGUGACAGGAAGAAAGAUGAAAACUACAGAAGCCUUCCACGGGAUACUAGUAACUGGUCCAACCAGUUUCAGAGAGACAAUGCUCGCUCGUCUCUGAGUGCUAGUCACCCGAUGGUGGACAAGUGGCUGGAGAAGCAAGAACAGGAUGAGGAUGGGGCAGAAGACAGCAGUCGUGUUGAACCUGUUGGACAUGCCGACAGUGGUUUGGAGAACAUACCCAACUUUUCUCUGGAUGACAUGGUAAAGCUCGUUCACGUCCCCAACGACGGAGGGCCUCUGGGAAUCCAUGUAGUGCCUUUCAGUGCUCGAGGCGGCAGAACACUGGGGUUAUUAGUGAAACGAUUGGAAAAAGGUGGUAAAGCGGAACAAGAAAACCUCUUUCAUGAGAAUGAUUGCAUUGUCAGGAUUAAUGAUGGCGACCUCCGAAAUAGAAGAUUUGAACAAGCACAGCAUAUGUUUCGCCAAGCCAUGCGUACACCCAUCAUUUGGUUCCAUGUGGUUCCUGCAGCAAAUAAAGAGCAGUAUGAACAACUCUCCCAAAGUGAGAAGAACAAUUACUAUUCAAGCCGCUUCAGCCCUGACAGCCAGUACAUUGAUAACAGAAGUGUGAAUAGUGCAGGGCCUCAGGCACUGCAGAGAGCGCCCAAACUGACCCCCCAGGCUGAGCAGAUGGACUCGCACCCACGACUACCUCAGAGCACACAGCCCUCAGGAAAACCACCGGCAGCUCCAGCCCCAGCACCACAAACUGUGUUUAGUACAAGUGUAAGCAGUGGUUAUAACACUAAAAAAAUAGGCAAGAGGCUGAAUAUCCAGCUUAAAAAAGGUACAGAAGGUUUGGGAUUCAGCAUCACUUCUAGAGAUGUAACAAUAGGAGGCUCAGCUCCAAUUUAUGUGAAAAACAUCCUCCCCAGAGGGGCUGCCAUCCAAGAUGGUCGGCUUAAGGCAGGAGAUCGACUUGUAGAGGUAAAUGGAGUAGAUUUAGCAGGCAAAUCCCAAGAGGAAGUUGUUUCCCUGUUGAGAAGCACCAAGAUGGAAGGGACUGUGAGCCUUCUGGUCUUUCGCCAAGAAGAUGCCUUCCACCCCAGGGAACUGAAUGCAGAGCCAAGCCAGAUGCAGAUUCCAAAAGAAACGAAAGCAGAAGAGGAGGAUGUUGUUCUCACACCUGAUGGCACCAGGGAAUUUUUGACAUUUGAAGUUCCACUUAAUGAUUCAGGAUCAGCUGGUCUUGGCGUCAGUGUCAAGGGCAACCGGUCAAAAGAGAACCAUGCGGAUUUGGGAAUCUUUGUCAAGUCCAUUAUUAAUGGAGGAGCAGCAUCCAAAGAUGGAAGACUUCGGGUGAAUGAUCAACUGAUCGCAGUGAACGGAGAAUCCCUGUUGGGCAAGACAAACCAAGACGCCAUGGAAACCCUCAGAAGGUCUAUGUCCACUGAAGGGAACAAGCGGGGAAUGAUCCAGCUCAUUGUUGCGAGGCGAAUAAGCAAGUGCAAUGAGGUAAAGAAUGAAGAAAUAAAAAGACAAAAGCUGAAGUCACCUGGGAGCCCCUCUGGACCUGAGCUGCCCAUUGAAACAGUGCUGGAUGAUAGAGAACGAAGAAUUUCCCAUUCCCUCUACAGUGGGAUUGAGGGGCUUGAUGAAUCCCCCACAAGAAAUGCUGCACUCAGUAGGAUAAUGGGUGAGUCAGGUAAAUACCAGCUGUCCCCCACAGUGAAUAUGCCCCAAGAUGACACGGUCAUUAUAGAAGAUGACAGGCUGCCAGUGCUUCCUCCACAUCUCUCUGACCAGUCAUCUUCCAGCUCACAUGAUGAUGUGGGAUUCGUGACGACAGACCCGGGCCCCUGGCCUAAGACUGCCAUCAGUGAUUCAGCAGACUGCUCUUUGAGUCCAGAUGUUGAUCCAGUUCUUGCUUUUCAACGAGAAGGAUUUGGACGCCAGAGUAUGUCAGAAAAACGCACAAAGCAAUUUUCCGAUGCCAGUCAAUUGGAUUUCGUUAAAACACGAAAAUCAAAAAGCAUGGAUUUAGGUAUAGCUGACGAGACUAAACUCAAUACAGUGGAUGACCAGAAAUCAGGUUCCCCCAGCAGAGAUGUGGGACCUUCCCUGGGUCUAAAGAAGUCAAGCUCAUUAGAAAGUCUGCAGACAGCAGUUGCCGAGGUGACUUUGAAUGGGGAUAUUCCUUUCCAUCGCCCACGACCGCGGAUAAUCAGAGGAAGGGGGUGCAAUGAGAGCUUCAGAGCUGCCAUCGACAAGUCUUACGAUAAACCCACAGCAGAUGACGACGAUGAAGGCAUGGAAACAUUGGAAGAAGACACAGAAGAAAGCUCAAGAUCAGGUAGAGAGUCUGUGUCUACAGCCAGUGACCAGCCUUCACAUUCUCUGGACAGACAAAUGAAUGGGAACCAAGAGAAAGGAGAUAAGACUAAUAGAAGAAAGGAUAAAACUGGAAAAGACAAGAAGAAAGAUAGAGAUAAGGAAAAGGACAAAAUGAAAGCCAAGAAGGGAAUGCUGAAGGGCCUGGGAGAUAUGUUCAGGUUUGGCAAACAUCGAAAAGAUGACAAGAUUGAGAAAACGGGUAAAAUAAAAAUACAGGACACCCUUACUUCAGAAGAGGAGAGAAUACGAAUGAAGCAGGAACAGGAGAGGAUUCAAGCCAAAACUCGAGAGUUUAGAGAGCGACAAGCUCGAGAACGUGACUAUGCUGAAAUUCAAGAUUUUCAUCGGACAUUUGGCUGUGAUGAUGAGUUGACAUAUGGGGGAAUUUCUUCUUAUGAGGGUUCCGUGCCUCUCAAUGCCAGACCCCAGAGCCCAAGAGAAGGACAUAUGAUGGAUGCUUUGUAUGCCCAAGUAAAGAAGUCACGGAGUUCCAAACCUUCACCUGUAGACAGCAACAGAGCAACUCCUAGCAACCAUGAUCGGAUACAGCGUCUGCGGCAGGAAUUCCAGCAAGCAAAGCAGGAUGAAGAUGUAGAAGAUCGGCGACGUACCUAUAGCUUUGAACAACCCUGGCCCAGCUCCCGACCCUCGGCACCCAGCGGCCGGCACUCAGUGUCAGUGGAGGUGCAGAUGCAGCGCCAGCGACAGGAGGAGCGCGAGAGCUUCCAGCAGGCCCAGCGCCAGUACAGCUCUCUGCCUCGGCAAAGCCGGAAAAACGCCAGCUCUGUCUCCCAGGAUUCUUGGGAGCAGAACUACUCACCUGGGGAAGGCUUCCAGAGUGCCAAGGAGAACCCCAGGUACUCCAGCUACCAAGGCUCCAGAAACGGCUACCUGGGUGGGCAUGGUUUCAAUGCCAGGGUGAUGCUGGAGACCCAGGAACUCCUCCGCCAGGAACAGAGACGGAAAGAGCAACAGAUGAAGAAGCAGCCCCCUCCCGAGGGGCUCAACAACUAUGACUCGUAUAAGAAAGUCCAGGACCCCAGUUACACUCCUCCUAAGGGGCCCUUCCGGCAAGAUGUGCCCCCCUCCCCUUCUCAGGUCGCUAGACUGAACAGACUCCAGACUCCGGAGAAAGGGAGACCCUUCUAUUCCUGAGAAGAGCGGAUGCUUCAUUCAUGCAAUAAAGGACAUUUUCCUAAGAAGACUUAGGAAUGUAUUUUGGGAGUUUUUUAAAAAACUCCAUGGUACUAUGGGAUAUUUCUGUUGUUGGUAUCAGUGCCUUUAAGCAGCAUGGGCAAAGAGAUGGUAGGCCUUAUUCUCUUUGCCAUACAUCUCAAGUGUGUUUCAUGGGAGGAUUUCCCACCAUCUGACAAUCAUCUGCUUGAAGCAUUCAUAUGCCCUGCAUCUCUCUGGAGGACCAGGGAUUCUGGGCCCAACUCAAGGCAGGUUUGUGGCUUUGUGUUAUAGCUCCAUUCAACUAGUGGUGACCAGCUAUCUUGAGGCCGAGGUAAUGCUGAUUUCUUUUUAUUCCCUUGAAGUUUUCUGAGAUGUGAGGCAACAUCUCAGUUUCUGGUGGAUGAAAGUGGGUGACAUACUCCAGAAAUUGGGGCUUUAUGGUACUUCACAGCACAGUCACUUAUAAUUGGUAUGUUUUCCCUUUUCAUUCUCAGCUCCUUGUAACAGAAAAGUUCCUUCAUGUUAUAAAGCAGCUAAGCCAUGUUUCUACACUGUCUGGUUAAUCAUGGGGCCCGUUUUGUAACUGCCUUAUAACUCAAAAAUCACCAAUAAAAAGAUCGUUCUAGUCUGAGAUUAUAAAUACACUUGUCCGGUCAUGUUCCUAACACAUGUGUUGAGUCACCAUAGAUCUGGGUAGGGAAGGUGGGAGACAGGAGGGACCCCUGGUGGGAAGGGAUUGGCAUCUGGCCUGCCCACCGGCCCUAUGUAUGUCACGAUGUGGAAGGUGGUAGCUAAGGAAAUACUCCCAGGAUGAGCUUCUGGCCCAAUACAUCCCGGUAAUUAUUUUCAUUAGUUUUUGAUUGACAGGUUGGCAGGAAGGGCAUAGAGUGGCGUAAAGAUAGGUCAGUCAUUCGGAGAUUGUAAAAACUCAUCUGCUUUCUACCACUCCUCAAGUGGAUUGGAAUUGACAUGUGUCUAGUGCGUCCACUUGCUGUGUCUCUGCCUGGUGAUGCCUUCCUUGCUACUGAGUAAUUCUGGCAGGAAACAGAAAAGACAAAUAAGAGAAAACCUAUCAUAUGUCACACAGAGAACAGUCUGAUGUCCCCAAACAGUGGUGGCAAAAAUGCUUCUCCUGUCAAUAUUUUAAUGCAUAUGUGGGUCAUGAGGACCUCGGUUGCCCUCGUGUUUUCAUCUGUUGGUCUCAACAUCAUGUAUCGUAAACCAUGGCCAGGUUGCUAAAGUGCCUGCAAAUCCCGAAGUGAAAACACUUGAGAUCAAAGCUCAGCAUACCAUGUAUUAACAAGAAAAGAAAAGAAAAAACAACAUGUAUUGCUAUGCCUAUUUUUUUUUUUACUGGCACAUUGUAUUUUGUGUCCACUUGUUUUUAGAAAAUGUGUGAAGUGUCCAUACACAUACUUAUGUCUCUUUUGCAUUUCUGUGUAACAGUUCUAUUCAUUCAUAACGUGCGGUGACGCUUCAGUGGUUGUACCAAUGUAAACAUGGUGACCUUCAAUGGCAGGGCUCUCUCUCACAGCCUGCCCUGAGCUGUGAGAAACAGCUUUCUCUGUACAUAUGAGACUUAUAAUA